AUGGCGUCCGAUGAACCACCGUUCCUCAAGGUCGGCACCGAGGUCUCCGCGAAAUUCAAGGGAGCUUUCUGCGAAGCGAAAGUGAAACGGAUAUUCAAGAACAUCAAGUUUCGGGUUGUGCCCAAGGAGGGCUCAACGGGGACACUCGUCGUCGAAGAGAGCCAUUUGAAGGGUGAUCCCAUCUACGAAGUGAAUCAAAUUGUCGAUGUCCAACACGGCGGCAAGUACAUCAAGGCCCAGAUCUUGCACAUCAAAGACUACAGCACCUACGAUGUUGUAUUCGACGACGGUGACGAGAAACGACUGAAACGAACGCAAAUGGUGCUGAAGGGAGCAAAGCAUUACAAUGAGGAGCAUUCGCUAGACGCUCUUCCUCUCUACAACCCUGAGCAGUUCAGCUCGCCGGUCGUCGCGAAAAUCAUCAGGAAGAACAAAAUGGACAAACGAGAUCGCGAGGCUCGCCAAGGCGCCGGGACACCAAAAAAGGAGCGAGUCAUCGUGCAGCAUGAUGUGAACAGUGAUGACGAGAAACCAUCAUCUUCUUCAGCAACCACGUCAAGGGGCAAAGUCGCCGCGAAGAAUGAAACGAAAAAGACUACCAAUGAUGGGGAUGAGGAUGGGCGGAGAACGAUAAAAAAAACUGUUCGUCAAAAGCGAGCCGCCGCUCACGCUGCUUCAGCCGCACUGGCCGAUCAACAUGGUGGAUUAUCUCCGUCGGAUGAAGAAAAUAAUGAAGAUGACGAGGAUGAUGAGGAUGAGAAUAAUACGAGUGAUGAGACCGGCGACGAAUCACAUAGUGACAAUGAGAUAAAAGAAGCAACUCCUGAGAAAUCUCCGACAAAAUCCCUCCGUGACAAGGAUAAAGAAAAAGACAAAGAACCCAAGAAGAAAACGACGAAAUUUGCUCCUGGCAAUGUUGUAAUGGUUUACGGGGAUUCGAAAAAGACGGGAACUUGCUCGUUGGCUGUUGUCAUCAAUCCAAAGAUUUACAAAGCGUUGAAAGGGAUGAAACCGUUGACGGGAAACGACAUCCCGUUGAGGGGAUUCAUGUUGGAGGGACGAUAUUUCUCGGUGUCACCCCUUGUUCUAAAGCCAUUCACCGCGAAACCGUUGGCCGGAUUCGAGAAAGAACCGCACAAGACAGCCUACAAUCGAGCAAAGGAUUUCUUGGAAUCAAAAGGAAAGACUUUACCGUCAUCGUGGAAUCUCAAAGAACACAUCUUGGCUGAGUCGACAAUGAAGAAGAAAAAGGACAAAGAGAAGGAGAAAGAAAGGGAGAAAGACAAGGAUAAGGACAAAGAUGCCACUUCCGACAGCGAUUCGGAGGAUUCGGAGGAAACGACUGACGAUGAAACGGAUAAAGAAUUCGCUCAAGCUCGUGACGCUUUUGUCGCCCAUUUCUACAAGUUCCAAGAAGAGAAUGCCACUCCCAUCAACAAACAGCCGGUGCUUGGUGGGAAACCGCUCGACAUCUACAAAUUCUAUCGGGUUGUUCAUCGUCUUGGCGGAUGGAAGCAAGUCUGCGCGAAGGGAAAAUGGAAAAAAGCCCUAAUGCGGAUGAAGCUAGAGGGAUGUCCGGGUGCCACGCCAGCCACCGUGAAAAACGCCUAUAGUCGGUACCUUCUCUUGUUCAGUCAACAGUACACUCGUUUGGGCUGGUCUUUGAGUGAAUUGACGAUGCCGGCUGGAAGAAGACAAGGACGAUUACUGUUACGACAAAUGGACAAAGAUAAGGAAAAAGAGAAGGAGAAGAUGGAGAAAGGAGAAAAGGACAAGGAUAAGGAUAAGACAAAGUCCCGAAAGAUGUCCGUGGAUGAUGAGAAGAAAGAAAAAAAUGAUGAUCGAUCUGAGAAAGAAAUGAGUGAAUCGUCGACAAAACUGGAGAAAAUCGAGGAGAAACCAGAGAUCGCGCAGCAACACCAACAACAACAACAACAACAAUCGAACAAGAUUGUGAAGAAGUUGGAUGAUGAGGAAAAGGACAAACUACCGGUAAAGGACAAGGAGAAAGAGGAACAACUGGCGAAGGCAGCAAAGGUCAAAAGAGAACACAUCUCUCCGUCACCGACUCGUUCAACUGCCUCAUCGGCAUCGAAAGAUGAAAAGGAGAAGAAAAAGGAGAGACAAGAAAGCGGAUCGAAUACGACAAAUCAACAAAAAGAAACUAUCGAGACACCACAACAAAUCAAAAGAAGCGAUUCGAAUGCGAAAGAAUUCAAACGCGAACGCAGUGUGGCUAAGGAUUUGCUGCAUAGGAAAGAACGAAAAAGAACGGAUUCGGUGUCGACGACGAGUGAUGAAGAAUCCCGAAAACGUAAAGAGAAACGGAAAAGUGUCUCCUCUUCCUCAUCGAACGCCCCGCCGAACAAUGUCAAGGAGAAAAGCGUGGAAAGAGGCGGUCCAUCACAACAAAACAAUAUGAUGAUGAUGGGUGGACAACCAUUCGAUCUCGCCAAUGCACUUGGACAGAUCAAGGAUGAUUUCGAGGAGGGACACGUGCAGGCACAUUUACUUUGCCAAUUCCGACAAGGGCAAAAUGUGCGAGCUCUCCAUCUGGGGAAUUGGUAUACGGCCCGUGUCUUGACAAGCGAAACGCCAAAAGUCGAACAACUUGUCUCAAUGUUGAAAGCGAAACCGGGAGAGACAGGCCUUUCCGCCGAUUCGGUCACGGCGUUGCGCGAGGCAAUCAAGAAAUCCGGGGCUUUCGUGCACUAUCUGGGCUGGAACAGUCGAUAUGACGAAUUUAUUCCGUUGCACAAGAUGAGAGUCACGUUUAAGGAUGAAGAGGAUUCUCGUCAAAAGACAACUAAUGCGAUCGGUGAUCAGCUACCCGCUGAAAGAAUACAACUUUUCAUGGAAUGGUCAUCCUCACCCGAAGGAAUGGAUUCAUUUAAACAACGAAAUUCCGAUGAAAAGAAAAGCUUUUUGCAGACAAUUGGUCCCUAUCGGCCGCGUCGCUUCUCGAUCACUCAAGUUGAACAACUAUCGGAGAGUCUUCAACAAAAACUCCAAAAAGAGGCGAAUGAACGAAGCAGUCAACCGUCAAUCCAAUCACCACCCGGCACAUCGACAAGUGCUGCUGGAAAUUUGCAACAACAGCCUUCUACUUCAUCCGGCAAACCUUCCACAACUGGUCAUUUAAGUGUUUCCUCGUUUUCUUCAACUCCCACGAAAGGCUUGUCGCAAGAGGAACAAUCACAUGGAAGUUUAGGUCCAUCACCAACUGCCGAUCAAUAUCCCCGGCGUGUCCGAUCACCGAUCAAGGGAACGACGCCGAGUGUUCAAGUUUCUGAAGAACAAGUUGUGUUGAUCGGAAAUGCGGCAUCGUCAAUCAAAAAGGAGGUGAUCGUCAAAGUGAAAAUGGAAGAGACCGAUGCUCGACAGAAAGAGGAAAAGGAGAGAAAAGAAAAAGAAGAGAAAAUAAAGGAAGAUGAACGAAAAAAGAAAGAAGACGAGGAGAGACGAAAAAAAGAGGAAAAAGAAGAAACAGAGAAAAGGAGGAAAAUGGAAGAAGAAAUGGAGAGAAUGAAGAAAGAAAAGGAAAAAGAAGAGGAAGAGGAAAGGAAGAAAAUCGAGGAAAGGAGAAAAAUGGAAGAAGAAGAAAAGAAAAAGAAGGAGGCCGAUGAGCGAAAUAAUGAAGCGGAAAACAAGGAACGAGAGGAAAAGGACAAGGUCGGGAAGAGGAAACACGAGGGGGAGAAUGAAUCGAUGAAAAGCUCCACGUCGACCGAUGGUUCCGAGAAGAACAAAGGAGGAAGUCCGACAAUGAAACAAAGGAAAGAGGAUGUGGAAAAUGAGAUCGACAUGGAGAAAUUGCUGAAUGAGGCCCGUGAAGUUUGCGCACGAAAAGAAGAAAAUUCAGAGGUCGGCUCGGGUGCGGGGACGCCGUCAAGAGAAGAAAAUGAUGAUGCGGACAAAUGGAGUGUUUCCGAUAAUCAAUCGGUGGCCGGUGGAGUGCAUUUGACAUCGCCGACAAGAGGGUUUAGAGGGAAAAGGAAACGACUGAAUGGCCGCCAAUCGUUGCCGCUGAAGAAGAAAAAAGAGGAAGAAAUGAACGAGAAUGAAGAAGAGGAAAGCGAUGACGAUAUUGAAAUCCACAAGGAAACAUUUGCAUCGCUUCGGAAAACGACGAUGAAAGCAAUGGAAAUUGAUGGAAGUAUCGAUGACUAUCAAUCGCUUGACUUGGAUGCAUUGAGAUAUCCGUACAACUAUCAACCACGGGAUCUUGAGGAAUCACGCUUGGUCGGGGAAUAUGUGAGGCAUAGAAUGGACGACUUGCACCAUGUUUACGAGGAGAGCAAAAAUGUGGUGUUGAAGUUGAAUCGGAUGGUCAAUGAGGCGAGGCUGAGACUGAGGAAAGCCGAACGAGCCGAGGAGAAGGCGGCGGCGAAUUGCGAGACGAAUCCCUCAAUCACAACGACACCAACAAUUCCGCAAACGUCGACAAAACCACCGAAAGACGAGCCACCCGGAAUCGAGAAUCAAAAAGAGAAAGAAGUGCAGCAAGUG